CAUUACAUUGUCAUUAAAACUCUGAAGACGAUGCUGUAAAGCUUUCAAUUAAAUAUUCCAGCGGUGGUUUGACAAAUGUAUUUUUCCGUGAGCUAUAGGAGCAAAGGAGGCUGGAGAGGAGUUUCCUCCUGCAGACAGGGAGCCAAUGGAGACUCUCCAAUGCGCUCACAUGAGUUCCUCCGGUCAGUUUUUUAAUGACUGAUAUUGAUGUAUGGUAAUUCCUUUGGCUUGGAUCACAUGACACAAUUACCUCAAGAAUCGAUCAAGAUGUAUUGCAGGUCUGCCUACGUUUCCGAUUUUCUCUCCUGCAUGGCGAGGUCUCUGGUGCUAUAGAAUAGAUGGACAAAGUUUAACGCACAAAGCUGCAAAAAAAAAAAUCCUCUCCUCCUCUUGUUGCAAAAGAGGAAAAAGAUUAUGACGGAAUACGAUGAUCGCAGCUGCGCGUCAAAUAUGUAUUUACCGAGCUGCACUUAUUAUGUCUCGACGCCCGAUUUUACAUCAGUCUCCUCCUUUCUACCGCAGACCACUUCGUGUCAGAUCAAUUUCCCCUAUUCUCCCAACAUAGCCCAUCAGGUCCAACCUGUUCGAGAGGUCGCUUUCAGGGAUUAUGGACUGGACCAUCCCAGCAAAUGGCACUACAGGGGCAAUUACGCGUCUUACUACUCCACGGAGGAGAUAAUGCACCGGGACUUGAUCCAGUCGUCCUCCAGCACCAGCAGCAGCAGCACUAGCAGGGCGGAUUUGCUUUUCAAAAACGAGUCCCUGUACGGCCACCAUGCAGGGACCAGCUCUCCGUGCGGUUUCUUCAACGGUGUGGGCCGAAAUGGGGUUCUCCCUCAGGGCUUUGACCAGUUUCUGGACUCGGACAAGACCAACGUGGAGCUCCACAAACAAAAGACAGACUCUGCUGCUGCUGGAGAUGCUGAGAAUACCAAUCAGGCUGCAACCAAACUGGAGCAGCACAAAGCUGACGUCGACGAAGAAGAAGACUCAUCCUCCAACUGUGGAGACAAGAACAACCAACAGAGUUCAUCGACCAAGUCCAGGAAGAAGAGGUGUCCUUACACCAAAUACCAGAUCCGAGAACUUGAACGAGAGUUUUUCUUCAACGUGUACAUUAACAAAGAGAAGCGGCUCCAGCUGUCCAGGAUGUUAAACCUGUCCGAUCGGCAGGUGAAGAUCUGGUUUCAGAACAGAAGGAUGAAAGAGAAAAAGCUCAACCGCGACCGCCUACAGUAUUUCACUGGGAAUCCUUUAUUCUGAUACCUGACAUAUAGUUACACACACACACAGACACAUACACACACACACACACACACACACACACACACACUGGUCCCUGCAGCAUCACCCUGUUUUUUUAAACAGUUUAUUUUACACAAAUCUGGCAUUUGGAAAACAAAUCUGCCAUCUUUUUUCUCUUUUUUUUACAAACAAUUUCUGCAUUUAUUUAUUAUUUUUGUUCAUAUAUUUUCACAUUAUUGGCAACCAAUAUUCCAGCAAAGCGCGCUAAGUGUGCUUCAAAAUUAUUUAUAUCAAAUAUAUUAUGUAGGCUUCUUCCUUAUUGUGUAAUAAUGUCCAUUUAUAAAGACGCAUGUAUACUGCACGUUGUGGUGUGAAAUAAAAAGUAGACACGACAAAUGUUGUAUCAUAUAGUCACGAAAACUUGUCACAUGAACUUAACCAAGUCCAACACACAGGAGAAAAUUAUUUUUUUCUUUUUCCUCAAGAUUCAUCAAUGAAAUGAGAAAUUUGGCGCUUGUUAGGCCUGUAUGGUCCCGUUAUUUCCUCUGCUUUCAAACACUGGAUUGUUUACUAAACCUUGAACCGUCUAGACAGUAUAAUAAACCUAGCUGUAAAUGUCUAAAUAGGGGGCUAUUGGACUUUGGUGUCCCAACCCCCCCAGACCACAGGAUGCUCUUUCCUGUCUCAAAGUGGUUUCACUCCAGGCUACAAAUGUGAUUUUCUGUGCAUCCAGUCCACAUUUAGCUCCUUUUCACAUCACUUGUAUAAUGGUAGUUAGUUGGGAUACAAUGGAGGGAUAUUCUAACGACGACCGCUAUAUGAAAGGAUGAGUACAUUUUCAAGUUUAUCUGCUUUUUCUAUUAUUCUCAAUGUGGAUUUUUUGAGGCGUCUAAAUCUUCUGCGGAGGAGAAAGAUUUCCAAUUGUUGGCGAGAAAAAAAAAAGCACGUUUCCAUCUUGACUUAAUGCAGGUGAAACGUUUCCAUCUUUGUGCAGCUCCACUGCGACGACACUAUAUAGUACCAUGCUUCUACAUCAUAGUGUGCUAUCUAUUUUUGUAAUUGGAGUAAAUAAACGCAUCAUUCCACACAAACAGUCGCUUUAUUGAUCAAUAAUGGGAUCAUUUUCACUUUAGCUCUGCAGCAACAAUUCAGCAUCCUUUAUGAAAAAAAAAACAAAAAACAUUUUUUAUUUCAUUUGUGAUUCAUCACAUCUCCAGUUAUUUCCCAAAAAGGCUAUUAGAAAACUGAGGUUUCAUUAAGCGUUUAAUUGGGUUGUCAUCAUGUCCUACAGUGAAAUCACAUUACCAACUGUGUUGGGUGUUUCACUCUCUGCUUCCUGCUGUAUCCACAUGAGGGCAGACUUGCAGCUUUGGCUGAGAGUGGAAACGCAGAAUUGAGCCAAAUUUAACAUCUAAGCUGCAUGGAAAUCAUUCAAUGGACGAAUAAUCCAUUUAACACAGGUUUUAGUUUACAUUUUUAUUUCAAUUCUAACAUACAGUGGCCCGAAUUGUGUUGUUUUCAACAGAUAGUAGGCCUACUUUUUAUUUUUAUGUAUUUUUUAUGUCCUAUCACUUUUUAUUUUAUAUCAAACCAACUGUACAGGCUAUACAGCUUCUUUCAGAAAAUACCAGCACAGUUAUAAUGUUAAUCCUCAUUAUUUAUUUCACUCAGUUCUCUGUUUAAUUGAUGCAACUCCUGCGUCUUCCAGACGGCAACUACAUUUACAAGUCAUGUUCAAGUGUUUCGAAAGGACAGACUAAAUAGAUAUAAUUCUACUUUUGUCAUAUGAAGCUUUAAAAUACAGACUUCGAUCUUCACCUGAACGCCGCACAACCUUACAGGCCAUUUAAAUGUGUCUCUAUAGACUCCAGAUAUUAUGACAUUGUGGGGGAUUAUUGACGUAAAUGUGCUUUACUUUUCCUUUCAUUUAAUUUCACUUUGCAGCUGUAUAACUGUUAAAUCAUCGUUUAUCUGCGUCUGGCUAUUUGCUUUUAAGAAUAUAAGAGUUACUGCAAAAAAAGGACAGAGAUUUUGCCUGUAAUUACAACAAUAUUGUCCUUUUUUUCGAGCACCUCUAGGCCUACCUUUAGGCUGUAUGUUUUAGUUUUUGUAUACUCUACCCUUACGUUUGUAAUAUCACAUGGCUCUUCUGGUGUUUGCUUUAAAUUAUUAUUAUUAUUAUUAUUAUUAUUAUUAUUAUUAUUAUUAUUAUUAUUAUUAUUAUUAUUAUUUCAUAACCCGAGGUCCAAUUUGUUUUUCUACAUUUACGGUACUUGUGUAGCCUACAUUUUGUGUGCAUAUGAAUUGUUGAUUAUACCUGAAGAAUAUACUCGCAUAUUAAAGUUUUUUUCAGUUCAGUGCGUCCCAUGAUAUGCAAAAUAGACUUAUCUGUUUGAGCAAUUGUCAUUAUUCGAAACAUGAUUAUUAAAACAAAAAUGAUGUCCGUGUUGUCUGAGUUAUUUUUUUUUCUUCUUCCUUUAAAAUAACUGAAGGUGGUAUAACAAUGAAUGUAUUUCUUAUUUUCUAUUUUUUUUUUUUUUUACACAUAUUCAGUGAUUAAAUUUGGGUUAAGAAGCCUUUAUUUUGUUUGUGAAUCCUGUGAUGUUGAGAUGAUUUGCAUAGUCUAUUAUAUGCUUAUUUACAACCAACUGUAAAUAUCUAAAACUCAAACACGUUGAAGGAUUAUUUAAAGCUUGUCGCAUAAAUACCAAAGAUAUGAUUAUUACAUGCUGCAUUUAUUGAGCUUUGUUUAUUUGUGAAAUACCUGUAGGAUCGUUGCUAGUUGUGGCCUGACUUCAGAGUUUCGGUCGAUGGUUAUUUUCAGGUUCAAAGUGUUUUUUUUAUUUUGUCCCCUCCUCAGUUUAACAGGCACACUUUAUCUUGCACACAUUUGCAUUUGACUUCCUUGCAGACAAAAACAAUGGAGCCCUGAGCAAAAAUAAUCCCCAGACUGUUCACACCAGCCAGGUUUUUUUAUUUUCAUCGGACAUCAGAAAAAUACCUGUGGAAAAAAAUGUAAAUAAAGAUAAUGUGCUUAAUAAUCUGUGCAAAUAAUAAAGGACACUUUUCUAUCCGUCUUAA